AAGAUUCAUAGCUCUUUUCUCAGUAAACAGAAGAAAAGAUUGACAUACACUCUUCGGGUAUAUACAUAUACAUAUUUUAUUACAAGAAAGUUUCACAAGCUAUCUCUAUUCGUCUGCUGCUUUGAAAAUCUGGUGUCUUUCUUGGCUAAGGAGUCCUAGCAGUUGAACAAAACCAGGCAAGACGCGUAUAUACGCAAUAAAAGUAAAAACUUGCUUCUUGAGUCACUGAGAUUACAUAUAUAUGCUUACAUUUCUCUCUCUUUCUUGAAUUCUAAAGGAUGUUUUUUGGCCUGGAUCACACCUUCACUCUUCUUGAAUCUCCCCAUUUCUUCUUUCUUUGUGUAUCUUGCAUGCUAUCAUUUCUGUUCUAGAGCUAAACUUGAUGUCCUGAUAGUAGUUGUUUAUCUGUAUUGUUGGUCAUUUGUUUUGUGUCAGAGGAAAUGUCAGUUUUGGGAGCUAAAAAUUGAAUCUUGAUACCUUUUGUAGAAUCUGGAGAGAAAAAGAGGGCAAAAAAACAAGUAAAAUGAGUAGUUUUGGGGGCUAGAGAUUGAAUCUUGAUAGCUUUUGUUGAUUCUGGAGAGAAAAAGAGGGCAAAAAGGCAAAAAAAAAAUAGUUGUUUUGGGAGCUAGAAAUUGAGUCUUGAUAGCUUUUAUAGAAUCUGGAGAGAAAGAGAGCAAAAAGGCCAAAAAAAACAAGUAAAAUGAGUUGUUUGUUUUACUUCAAGGAAAAGGGCAAAGCUAGGGGGCAAAGAUCUGCACCAGUGUUGAAAGAGGAGAGUAAAUCAGAUGUUUCAGGAACUGAGAGGGCUGCAAUAUCUUCAUGUUCAGCUUCAUCCCACCCCAGUUUCUCUGAGGUGUAUGAAGGGAAAGCUCAGAACCUGAGAGUCUUCUCUUUCAGUGAGCUUAGACAGGGAACCAAUAAUUUCAGCAGGUUGUUGAAGAUUGGCGAAGGCGGGUUCGGGUGCGUUUACAAGGGAAAAAUUAAGCCCGUUGAUGAAAAUGGUGAACCUGUUGUCGUUGCUAUUAAGAAACUCAAUCGAGACGGUUAUCAGGGCCAUAAACAAUGGGUAGCAGAAGUGCAAUUUCUCGGGGUUGUGGAGCACCCGAAUCUUGUCAAACUAAUUGGAUAUUGUGGUGUUGAUGGGGAGAGGGGUAUACAGCGACUACUCGUCUAUGAAUUUAUGCAGAACAAGAGUCUCGAAGACCAUCUUUUCAACAAGGCUUAUCCCGCUCUUACCUGGCAAAGAAGACUGCAAAUAGUGCUGGGAGCAGCUCGGGGAUUGGCUUAUUUGCACGAAGAAUUGGAAAUUCAGGUUAUAUAUCGAGAUUUCAAGUCUUCAAACGUGUUGUUAGAUAACGAUUUCAACCCAAAGCUCUCGGACUUUGGCCUUGCUAGGGAGGGCCCGACGGGUCUUCACACUCAUGUCUCCACAGCAGCUGUAGGAACGUAUGGAUAUGCAGCCCCGGAUUACAUCGAAACUGGUCAUCUCACAUCCAAGAGUGAUGUAUGGAGCUUUGGCGUUGUACUCUACGAGAUCCUAACGGGAAGAAGAUCGAUCGAGAGAAGCAGACCGAGCUCAGAACAGAAACUUUUGAGCUGGAUUAAGCAUUUCCCUGCAGAAAGUCGGAAAUUCAGCACGAUAAUGGAUCCAAGACUGGAAAACCAGUACUCAGAAAGUGCAGCUAGGAGGAUUGCAAAGUUAGCAGAUAGUUGUCUGUCUAAGAGUCCAAAGGCUCGACCGAAAAUGAGCGAAGUAGUUGAAACUCUGCAACAGAUCAUUCAGAGUUGCAGCGAAAACAGCCCCUCGUUCGAACGUUUCCAGUCUGCUGCAGAAGAUCCAGUCGACGAUGACCAAGAGCCCGAGCAGAAUGGGCCUACAGAAUCAGAAAAAAGACGGAUAGCACACUUGGCUAAACUAAGCGAACGCGUUGGUGGGCUUAGCAGAAAAGGGUUUAUGAUCAUGCAGAGGGCUAAAGUUACUUGAAAAAAAAUGCUAUUUUCUUCUGCAUAACUUGAUUGAUAUUUGUGCAGUAUUUGUGUAGAUUAGAAACAUGGUUAGGAAGUAUAUAAAGGUUUCAACUUGUCUGCACUAUGUUAAAUUGGCUUAGGUAGAGAGCUUAUAUAUGAGUUUUUGUCAACUUCGAAUAUAAUAUUUACUUCCC